AUGACGGCUGGGAGCCCCGGAGACUGCGGGGAGGCGAGGAGGAGCCCCGAGGGCCGCGUCUCUCGCCUGGGCCGCCGCCUGGGCCGCCGCCGGCGCCCGCGCUCCUCUCCUGAGCCUCUGCGGGUGCGGGCGCGCCUGCGGCUGCGCUCGCCGUCGGGGGCGUUCGCGGCGCUGGGGGCGCUCGUAGUGCUGGUGGGCAUGGGCAUCGCCGUGGCCGGCUACUGGCCGCACCGCGCCGGGGCUCCGGGACCGCGAGCCACCAAUGCCAGCGCGCCCCUGGUGAGCCAGUUGCGACGGGAGGGCCGCGGAGCCGGCCGUACUCACGGCCCGCACGAGCGUCUGAGACUCCUAGGGCCGGUGGUCAUGGGCGUUGGCCUGUUCGUGUUCAUCUGUGCCAACACACUGCUCUAUGAGAACCGCGACUUAGAGACGCGACGGCUCCGCCAGGGGGUGCUGCGGGCUCAGGCACUCCGGCCCCCCGACGGCCCCAGCUGGGACUGCGCUCUCCUUCCCAGUCCUGGCCCUAGGACUCCCCUAGCCAUAGGCUGCAGAGAGCUAGAAAGCUGGGACCUGUCCCCUCGUCGAGGUACCUCACCUGUUCCAUCAGUGAGGAGUCUGCGUUCAGAGCCUGCUAAUCCUCGUUUGGGAUUACCUGCCCUGCUCAACAGCUACCCGCUGAAGGGACCUGGGUUGCCCCCACCCUGGGGUCCGCGGCCCCAGACUGGCCACGUGAUCAUCACCAUGCAGCCCUCCGGUUCCUGCAUCGAACACUCCAAGUCUCUGGAUCUGGGCCUUGGAGAGCUCCUGCUUGGGGCCCCAGCAGCUCGGGACUGUGCUCACCGCAGCUGGCCACGGCUAGAUCGCCUCAGUUUGGGGGGUUAUGCCAAGUUGGGAGGAGGAGGGGACUUGGGGGCCCAAGUCUGA